CAGAUAUAUAAAUGAUGGGAGGAAAUCUUGUAACUCUACUCCUGGUUUUAGUAUCCCACUUUCGCCUGGCUGAAGGUGGAUUAGGGACUUCCUGUUUGGAUUAUGGCGUCCAAGACCCCGCCACUUGUGACGUGCCUGACUCUUAUUGUGGACCUCAAGGCGAAUGCAUCUGUAUAGGGGGAUUCGCUGCCAACAGUGGCAAUACGGCAUGUGAGACUUACUUCAACUGCUUGAAUGAAGGUUGCCGACAUGGUACUUGUAAUUUUACCACAGGUGCAUGUCAAUGUCCCGGAGACAAAGUAGGAUUUGACUGCACUGUGAGUGUCGAUUCAGGUGGUGGUUUUAUAAGUGAUCUGACAACUGCCGGUUGUGAAAUUUGCAACAAGACGGGGACCUUCGCAUGUUCUCCUGACUCUUUGUGUGAAUGCAAAUAUGGUUAUACGGGAGAGACCUGCUCUGACGAAAGAGUUAGAGUUGAGGUGUGUGACGCUAAUUCUAUGAUCGUCAGUCUGGAACCAUAUUCUCUGGAAAGUGUUGUCCCAGUUUUUAAUGGGUCGAUGUACAUACAUGGGAAGACACAUAAAUCCAAUUGUAAUAUAAAUGUGAUUCAAUCUGAUUUCGUACAAACAACUCCCGAUUUACUUCUUAAUGAUUGUGUCAUCGGUAAAGAAGACGAUAAUGGUGAUAUACACUUCUACGUUGAUAUUGUGGUGCAAUUUCACAAGGAUUACGUGACAUCGCAUGACAUUAUCCAUCGCGUCAGUUGUAUCCAUUUGGCAAAUAGCGUUUUUUCAGUAAGCCACGUGACUUCAGUUAAUCCACCUCGGGACUUGGCUCGAGGAGGUAAUAUAUUCGAUACUAAAAGUGUAAUCGGAAUGCAAAUUGAAGGGACGACUAUUAAAGACCCGGACACGUUUCAGCUGGGGGCCGAAUUAACCGUCACGUUUACACUUCUAAAUACACAAGUUUUUAGGGCAUUUAUGGUGACCGAAUUGAAAACUAUGAGUUCUGGUGGCCCUGGUCUUUUGAGCAAAAUGCUUCUAAACGAAAGAUGUCCCGACGAGGAUGCCUAUGAUGUGCUCCAGCCUAACCCUAUAGAUGUCUCUGGCUACGAUGUAAAUCAUUUAGCAGACAAGAAUGUUAUUCGAAUCAAAAUUUUCGCCCAUAAAUUUGCGAAUACUGACAGUGUUCUGGUGACUGGUGUUGCACAGGCUUGCUUCGAGAUGUCAGAAUGUAUUUUCCCUAUAGACUGUCCUGCAACAACUACGAGAAAAAAACGAUCGACUCUGGAGAACACGGUUGGAUUCGAACUGGAGAAGAUGAUCAAAGUCAUCGACAGAGACACAAGGAAUGAUGAAAACGGCCGAUUGGAUGUCAGUGGAGGAGGUGGAAAAGUGAUGACCAGCCAAUGCAGGUCAAGUUGGGAGUACAUAGCAACUUUGACCAUCAUGGCAAGCUUACUAUUCCUGUCGAACGUUGUCUUGAUCAUAUUUUGCUUUUGCGCACGAAGGCGUCGUCGUUUGGAACAACGUAAUGCCAAGAGGGUUGCAGAAAAACCAAACUACCGCCUGAAUGAGAUGAUACCUGGAAUACGCCAUCAAUCCUCGAUGUCCAACCCUUCGUAUGAGUGAGAAGAUUAGGACUACUGAACGCUAUUUUGAAUAUUGCCGAAUGGUCCGACAGCUCAUAAUGUCAUACGUUAUUCAUGUACACACUCAAGAUCAGUUUUGCUUCCAUUGAUUCUCAUUAGGUGACAGCUCACAAACUGUAUCGGUAGACUCAUUAAGAUACACAUCAGAGAAAACAAUUUCUAAAUAUCAAAACAAGACGAAGGAGGUUUAAACCACGAAUGAUUUAAAGAAAAUAACAUUCAAGGGAAAAUGGUAGUUCAACAUGUCAAAUAACCAGACUUCUCAGUGUCCAGAACUUAAUCACCUAGCCCGAAAAAUUGUUUAACACUGAAAAUGGGAAAAAUACAUCAAAAUCCCGGAAAAAUCAGUGAAAUUCGAUACCGAAUGUUUGGACAAUUUGCCGGGGUAUUUGUAAAUACACACGUUGCGU